UAACCAAUUCUAGAAAUGGAGGAUUUUGAAAUGGAAGCAAGCUUAAUUUCACAUGAAAGAGGAGUUGACAAACUCUACUUUUGAACACUUGUCUUCGUUUCGGCAAUUGGAGGGUUCUUGUUUGGGUACGAUACCAGUGUCAUUGCUGGUGCAAAUCUUUAUUUUGAUAAUGAAUUUCCUGAUAUUAGCAACUUCCAGAAAGAAUUAAUCGUUUCAAUGGCUCUUGUAGGUGCAGCUAUUGGAUCUAUUUUUGGAGGCCCCAUUGCUGACAAAUACGGUAGAAAGCCUACCAUUAUUAUCGCAGACAUCAUGUUCACAGUGGGUUGUCUCUUAAUGGCAUUUACUCCUAAUAUCUUCUGGCUGAUCUUUGGGAGGUUUGUUGUAGGCAUAGGAAUCGGAGUGGCUGCCAUGGUGGUUCCAGUGUACUUGGCUGAGAUUUCACCAAAACAUAUCAGAGGCGUGAUCGUCAACUUCAAUGUGAUCAUGAUAACGAGCGCACAGUUCAUUUCACUGGUGAUAUGUCUUUGACUAGGAGAUAAAUGGAGGUGGAUGCUCGGACUCGCAGCUGUUCCUUCUGCACUUCAACUGGCUGGGAUGCUGUGAAUGCAUGAAACUCCGAAGUGGCUAUACAAGACUCAUCAGGAAGAAAAGGCAAACAAAGUGCUUUGCUCAAUUUAUAAUGCCCCAGCUUCAUCUUUGAGUGAUAUCGUUGAUGAGCAAAAGACUGAAGCUUUGAGAGUUGAUGGAGAAACCGACCAAGGAUAUUUUGAUAAUCUAUGUUCUUUGAUUUAUGAAUACCGUCCAUGAAUCAUAGCUGGGUGUGGGCUUCAAAUGAUCCAACAAUUGUGUGGAAUUAACACAGCAAUGUACUACGGUCCAGAAAUAAUGCAAGUCGCUGGGUUUGGAAACAGCAACAACAAAAGCCAGUCCUUGAUCAGCACACUUCCUCUCGCUGGAAUGAACGCUCUAGGUAGCUUCAUUGCGCUGAUGUUUAUUGAUAGAUUCGGAAGAAGAUGGAUUAUGCUUAGAUCGCUUCCAUUGAUUGGAUUUUUCAUGGGAGUCAUUGGGCUCGGGAUGGGGCUCAGGAAUCAUACUGAUCCAGAUCAAACUGGACUCCAAGAAGUAGGAAAGUGGUGUGCUGCUGGAGGGCUUUUCUUUUACUUAGCAGCUUUUUCUAUCGGGAUGGGCCCAACCCCUUGGACAGUUAACUCUGAGGUCUAUCCUCUUCAUCUAAGAGGGAUGGGAAACAGUAUGGCAACCACCACAAAUUGGGCUGUUAACUUCCUUGUUUCAAUUAGUUUUUUAAGCUUGAUCAAGGAUGUUCCAUUUGGAGAUAUUAUUGCUUUUCUGUUGAUAUUUGUGUUUUCUCUGCUUGGAGUUGUAUUUGUCUAUUUCAAGAUUCCUGAAACCAAAGGAUUAUCUUUAAAUGAUGUAUUAUCUCUAUUUGUAGGUAAAAAGUAA